UUUCAGCCAUUGCUCCUCCUCCCCCCAGCCCUCGUUGUGUGCAUGUAAUCCAGCCUGAGAGGCAGCAUCUUGGGCCCCUGGUAUCCUGCGUUUACCAUACACAAAGACAUACUGGUCUAGCAGAGAAUAUGCCUUCUUUUGGAGAGGUGCAGCAAAGCGCAGGGAGAUCUGAGCAGGGAACAGUGUAACACCCAGCUUUACAGGCCAACCAAACAGGAGCCAGCGGAUCUGUACUGUGGAUUACCCUUAUAGCUGGAGCUUACUUUAUUUAGUAUUCACCUAGAGCGGUGGGGCGCCUGCAGGUAUGUGGGGGAGGAUGAUCCAUGAUUACGCCCCCGGAUAUAACAGCUUUCCCGCCGGCUCUGAUUUCCCCUCCUCGGGAUGGCUCUCUUCCUCUGAUUCCAUUUGGCAAUCCUCAGUGACUCCAUCUGGUGGCAGAAGUAGCCACGCACGGCGACUCAGUUUCACGUCUGACAGCGGAGACACAGGGAUAGGAACGUCUUGCUCUGACAGCGUGGAAAAUCACUCAACUUCCAGUGGCACAUCACUAUUUAAACCAGUCCCAAACCUGGUUUGUCUACCUACUGCCCAUGUCAUGCCCUCUACAGCCAGAUCUUCAUUACUCAGGCACAGAGAGGAGAAGGUAGACCCUUCCCACUGGAACAGCAGCUACUCUCUGCCUGGUGGAAACAGGAACUAUGUGUUGCCUGAUACUUCUCUUGACAUGAAAGACUCCAGGCCCAUGAAGAAAUGGGCUUCCCUGUCUAAACUGAGCGUGCAGGAUGCUUUCAGUGAAGAUGGCCGUACUGAUAAAACAGGGUCUCGCCAUAGCCUUGAUCGCUUGGGAGGUAGAGACAGUACCAUGUCGCAACAAUCCUAUGGGCACCGGCCUUCCUGCCUGCACCACAGCAUGGAGCUGUUAAAAGUGGAUGAUAAAGACAUGGACAAAAAGCCAUUUGUAGGCAUUGACUGCAAAUAUAAGUAUGACAGCUGCAGCAAUAGUAGUGACUUUCUUAGCUCAGCCCCAUCCAGUAGGAGACAUACUUUAGACAUGACCUACAGUGCCUUACCUGAAAGCAAACCUCCUGUUAGCGAAUCCUAUGGUCAAAAGUACAACUCCCUUGGCUACCAGAGUGGUGUCCCUCUCCAGCCCUCAGUGAGGACUCAGAUGUGGCUUACAGAACAGCUCCAUGCAAAUUCUCAAGACCGCAGGACGGCUGAGGAAUUGUGUGGUUUGUCUUCUUGGCAGCAGCUGGAGCAUCUUCGCCAGGAUACAGAACAUUCAAAGGCUGGGACAGGCUCCUCUCGCCCAAUGUAUACUGCAGUGCCGCUAAGCCAGGAUAUCAGCAAGUGGGAAUCCUUGAUGAAAAUCAAAGAAGGUUUAUUGCGCCAGAAGGAGAUUGUAAUUGACAGACAAAAGCAGCAGAUCUGCCAGUUGCAGAAUGCCAUUAGGGGCAGUGAGCUUCGUGCGCAUCAGGCCAUGGUUGGUCAUGUGAUUAAUGGAGAGGAGUGCUACCUACACAGCCUGAAGGACUCUCCAUGUGAAAGCAGCAAGUGUCCUCAGAACUUUCCUCAAGACAGAACAAAGACCCACUCCCACAGAGACCGAGAGGAUCUUGAAUGCAGGCUUGUAUCUGCCGAAAAAGAGGUUACACAUCUCAAUGAGGUGCUGAAACAAAGCACAAGCAAAUCAAGUGAAGACAUCAAAAAGCUUGAGGAAAAGAUCAAAACUAGAGACAAAUACAUUAACAGCCUAAGGAAGAAAUGUCAAAAAGAGAGUGAGCAAAACCGGGAGAAGCAGAGACGUAUAGAAACAUUGGAGAAAUAUCUGGCUGACCUUCCUACUCUGGAUGAUGUGCAGAAGCAGAGUGAAAGACUGCAGGUUGUUGAGGAAGAGAACAAGCAGCUAAAGGAGACAACAAAGAGUCUAGAAAAGCUACUUAAUGAGUCCAGACUGCAGUGCCGAGAAAAAGAUACCCAGACAGAAUGUCAGAAACAAAGAGAGAACGAACUGGUCUUAACUGUUCAGAGUUUACAGCAUAAAGUCCAGAAAUGCUUAGAAGAUGGUGUUCGACUCCCAAUGCUGGAUACAAAGCAACUCCAAGGUGAAAAUGACCUUCUGAGAGAACAAGCAGAACGUGCUAAUAAGGUAAUUGACAAUCAGCAAAAGCAAAUUGACAACAUGACUGCAGAAAUCCAGGCUUUAAAAGAACAGCUGUUUCAGGAACAUUCAUCUACACAACUUGAAAAGAAGUUAAGUACAAGAGGAGAGUUUACCCAGUGGGAGGAGGUUUUCCGUGAGAACCAAAAAUUAAAGGAAGAGAAUGCACAUAUGAGAAGGCAGGUUGACGAGAUCCAGCACUUCCAGCUACCUGUCUGUGAGAAGAUGCCAGUAGCUGAUCAGCUAUUUAGGGAAAUGUCCCACUGCCUAUUUGACUUGAAAGCACUCUGCAGUAUACUGACUCAAAGAGUUCAAGGCAAAGAACCAAACCUUUCCCUGCUCCUGGGCAUUGGAUCCCUUAACAGCUCCACUGAGGAAGAGGAGGUCUGCCAAAACGCAGAAAACCUUACCAAGAGUUUAUCAGAAGUGCAUCAGUUAAGGAAGGACAUUGAUGAUCUGAGGACUACAUUAUCAGACUGCUAUGCCCAGGACAUGGGGGACAAUUGCAUCACCCAGUGAUGGACUGGAAACCCUUCAUUUUAAGAUCUGCUUUGUUAAAGAUCUUUGUGAGCCAUAACAGAAAGAGCAAAUUAACUAUGCACAGAUUGAGAAGUAAAUGAAGACACCUUCCUUUAUAUGGAGACUUCACCAUCAUGGAAAACGAAGACAUUUUCUUGAAUGUUCUUUUAUUUUUUAAAUUAAGAUAAAAAAUAAAAAAAAGAGGAAACUACUGAAUGUUUGCUCAGGCAUCAAAUGUAACUGUGGAUUUGUUCCCACAACCAUUUUAUUUGUAAAACAUUUGGGGACUCCAGCAUAUUGUAAUGUUCACAACCAGUUGCCUUGGUUUUUUUUUUCUUAUGUGCAAAAUAUCCUAAAGCUCCAAAAAGGAAUUAAGCCGAGUGUUUCAUAAUGUUCCAGUAUCAGAAAGUAUUUGUUUUUUAGUGUAGACAACUGUACUUGUGCAACAUUAAGGAUUAGUAAGUAGAAUGAGGUUAUAGUAUCUUUGAUACUGGCUUAAAUGGAUGCGUUGCCGCGAAAAAACGUACAAUUAUAAUGUGCAAUGCCAGUUAUAUAUAUUUAUUAUUAUACAUUUUCUCAGCAACUCUUUCAAAAGCAUCACUUCUUCAACAGAAAGUGGUUCAGUUUAAACUGGAUUGAAAAAAUAUUUAAUCAUUUGUAAUGUUUGGGAUAAUAGGUUCACUUGGCACUUUACCGAAAUAUUUUUUUAACCCCCCCCCCCACACACACACACACACACAUUUAGAUGAUGAUGUGUUCUCCCAUAAAUAAGUGCUGCAAAGUAUGUGACAUUUUUUGUUUUGUUUUAAAUUAAUCCAAAAAAAGCUGUUCUUUUGCAGAUACAUAAUAGAGUAAUAGAAUAUUCACCUGCCCUUUCUAGAAUGUUUCUAAUACAUGUUAAUUGUAGCUCUCUUCAAAAUGUAUCGCACAUUUUAGCGUUUCCUGCUGAACUGAAAAAAAAAUGGAAAUGGCUGUAAUAUUGAAAGUAAUAUACUUAAAGGGACGCUAAACCCAAAAUUGUUCUAUAAUGAUUCAGAUAGAGCAUGACAUUUUAAGCAACUUUAUAAUUUACUUCUAUAAUCAAUUUUUUUUCAUUUUCUUGCUAUCUUUAUUUAAAAAACAGGAAUGUAAAUAUUAGGAGCCGGACCAUUUUUUAUUCAGAACCUGGGUUACACUUGCUUAUUGGUUUGCUAAAUGUAGCCACCAAUAAGCAAGCACUAUCCAUGGUGCUGAACCUAAAAUGGACCUACUCCUAAGCUUUACAUUCCUGCUUUCUAAAUAAAGAUAGCAAGAGAACGUAGAAAAAAUGAUAAUAGUAAAUUAGAAAGUUGCUUAAAAUUACAUGCUCUAUCUGAAUCAUUAGAGGAAAAAAAGUGUUUAGUAUCCCUUUAAUGCAUGAUUAGUGUGAGCUUUGUCAAGAUAAAUGUUUAGACAAUCUGAGUAUAGUUGUACAUUUGUUUUCAUGACAGAACCAGUUUUCACUUGUAAAGAAACCUUUCUUGGGCAUCGGUUGUUUGUUACAACUUUAAAAUGACUUCAGAGUGGUUUAUUCCAUCUCUGUGGUACCUAUAGUGCAAAACGGACAAAGGCAGAUAUAUGAAAAUUAAAAUCUUGUAAAUGGCAAAUAUUUGGGGGGUAAAAUGAAACCGCAUCCCAAAAGCUGCCCUGAUGUAAUAUGGUUUACACAACGAACAACUGCAUUAAUACUUUUUAUGAAGUCGCUACUGGCUCAAUGUUAAAUGAGUAGUAAAUAUUUUAUCAUAAAAAGUAAUACUAGUAUAUUGUACAUUGUUUAGUUAAAAGAACACAAUUCAAACACUUAGUAUUAAUAUUUUUUUUUAUAGCUUGCAAAGACAAUCCAAAAUUAGAAAGGACUAUUAUUGUUGGUACUGCCUGCAAUAUUGCAGGAACAGCUUGCAUUUUCAGGCUAUAUAUAUAUAUAUAUAUAUAUAUAUAUAUAUAUAUAUGUCUCUUCAUGACUCAUGAUUUUGUGAUGCUGCAUUAUUUAUUUCCUUUGAUAAAAGGCUUUAAACUCUUGGCUGCCAAGGAAGGCUGCAAGUUUAGAUAUCUCUGGCAGACUAGAGGUUAAUACCUGUAUAUGUGGCUGAUAAACAGGAAGAAAUAUUAGCCUUUAGUUCAUUAUUGAUGACAUUACAUAUUUUCUCAUGCCUGCCCUUUUUUUUCCCACUGUUUGGAUUAAUAGAUAUUUUAGCUUCCUCUCAUUUCCAACAAUGUUCUACAAUCAGAUAUCCGGCAUAUUUGUUUCUUUACAGAUAUUUCAUAUUUUGCUGAAAUUUCCAUCAUCAAUUUUAUUUUUCAUCUAAAGUAAGUUUUGAGUUAACUGUAUACAUCAACCCUUAAUCAUUAGCAAUAUUAAUUCAUAUUUCCCUUGGUGCCUUUUCCCCAGUUUAUAAGAAUGAAGUAAAUGGUUUGCCUGCUCAGUUAUUUUAUUUAAUGACAAUGUUUCCACCCCAGAGUGUUAUGUUUUUAUUUUAUUUUUUAAAGAAAUUUUGGUAGACAGUACAAAUGGUAAUGUACAAAUGUAUUUAAGUGUGUAGAUAGCGUGUAUUGUGUGUUAUAAUGAGUCUAUUUAUUUAUAUUUUACCCACAUUUACAUAACUGUAAGAAAAAAACGUUGUGUGUUUAUACUUUGUUUUAAUGCUGAGCUUUGAGGUUUGGAGAGAAAAAAAAGUGUAUGUGAGAGAAUACAUGCUGUUUGUUAUGGGGUCCUUUUUUUUUUCAAACCCUUUGCAAUACCUCAUGUAAAUAUGCAGUUGUUACAUAAUUAGAGGUAAGCCGCUGGCUGGCUGCUAACUUAUGCCUGUAACUUUUCAAAGGUGGUAUUAUUUUUUUGUAAUAUAGGACUUACAGCUAGAAUUUUGAAUGCCAAAGUUCUAUUUAUGAGAUAUAAAUCUUACAUUUUAGUGACUAGAACUUUUUUCACUGGAUUUUGUUUAUGCUUUUGGAUAUGUUAUUGCAGAGUAAAUGCAUUUUGUUACUAAA